CUGGAGGAAAAAAGAAUGCUGGGACCUGUGAUACAAUUGAUAUCCCAAUUCCUGGGAAUAUAGGGACUGAUGCAAUCAAGAAUGCAGGACAGAACAAGGCUGCUGGUCAGGUUAGAACUCUGGCAGAAAACAAAGCUCCAUGGUCAAACCUGUUUAAGGAUAACCGAGAUCCGGCACAUGGCAUCAAAUUGAGAUAUGUUCCUCCUAAAGGAGAAACUUUGGACUUUGGGGAUCGGGUAUUACCUUCCAUGGUUGAAAUGUGGGGCUAUUGCCUAGUUGGGCACUUCACCGGCAAAUUUCCCGGACUAAAAGCGGUGCAUGAUCUUAAAGCUACGUGGGGUGUAAGAUGUCUUGUGAGGUCCCAUAACAAGGGAUGGGUAAUCUUUAAAUUUGGAAAUGAGGAGGAUAGACUGAAGGUACUACAUGACGGACCUUACAAUGUUUUUGGGAAACUUCUUAUGCUCAAAGUACUUUCGGAAGACUUCUCGUUUGAAGAUGAGGAAUUUCUUAAAGUACCAAUUUGGGUGAAGUUCCCCAAACUACCUAUGAAGCUAUGGA